AUGCUGAAGAAGAGAUCAAGAAGCAAGCAAGCUCUAAUGGCGGAUACGAACCAGAAACAGAGCAAACCGACGCCGUUUCCACGGCUCUUCACUGCUUUCAGCAGCUUCAAAAGCUUCACUGAAAACGACGCCGUCGCGAGCCCAACCUCAAUUCUCGACACCAAACCUUUCUCCGUUUUGAAAAACCCAUUCGGAUCCGAAUCCCCGAAAACCCACGAACCCGAGAUGACCCGGCUCAAGCUCGAACCCAAAAGAAUCGGACUCGCAAUUGUCGAUUCUCUCAUCCAAGAAGAACCCGUUUUCUCCCGACCAAGAUCCGGUCCAAUCAUAUUCGGGUCACAGCUCCGGAUCCGGGUCCCGGACUCUCCACGAUCCUCGUCGGAUUUCGGUACGAAAACGAGAAACUCUCCGGUUUCCCCUCCGCCGGAUGAGACGAAGAAAUCCGUUCCCGGGCCGGGUCUUGGGUCGCCCCGAAUCAUCACGGGCUAUUUCUCGACUGAUGACAUGGAGCUGUCGGAGGACUACACGUGCGUGACUUGUCACGGGCCUAACCCGAGAACGAUCCACAUAUUCGAUAACUGUAUCGUUGAGAGCCAACCCGGCGUCGUUUUCUUCCGGAGCUCUGACCCGGUUAACGAAUCCGAUUGUUUACCACCCGACAGCUUUCUCAGCGCCUGUUGUAACUGUAAGAAGACUCUUGGUCCUCGUGAUGACAUUUUCAUGUACAGGGGUGAUAGAGCCUUCUGUAGCAGCGAAUGCAGGGCUUUGGAGAUGAUGUUGGAGGAAAAUGACAACUAA